AUGGAAAAGACACGUGUCGUUAUAGUUGGCGCGGGACCGGUUGGGCUGUUCACGGCUCUUCUCCUCGCCCGCCAGAACAUCGAGUGCAUCGUCUUGGAGAGGCGCCACGGCGUUUCGAACCACCCCAAAGCCCACACCCUCAACCCGAUGACGCUGGAGAUCUUCCGCCAAGCUGGCUUGGAUGUUGCCUACAUGCGACAACAUGCAGCCACAGCCAAAGAUGCCGGCCUGGUGCGUCUUGUCUAUGGCCUGGCCGACGCCGAGAUCGGUUGUUUCCCAUACGAACGUCAGGACGACAAUGUGCGCACCGUGACAUCCGAGCCAUUGUUGAACUGGCCUCAACCAGAGCUAGAACGCCUUCUUGAGAGGACAGUUGGCGAGACAGGCCUCGCCCAAGUCAGGAGGGGCUGGCAGGUUGAUACAACCGACAUCACGGAAGCUGGCUGCAUCAUCUCGUGCAGUUCCAUAGGACAAAGCCACGACGCGCACAGUAUCCAGGCCGACUUCGUUAUUGGCGCCGAUGGCGUUAGUUCCACUGUACGGGAAAAGACGACAGGCAUCGAGUUUGAAUCUAUGGGACCCGGCCAUGCCUACCAGUCAAUUGUCUGCAAAGGUAGUCUGCGCGCAGCGCUUCCGCAGGGCCACGAUGCCAUGCUCUACUUCUGCUUUCACCCCGAGCACCCCAGCGAGUUCAUUGCACACAAUCUUGAUUCCUCUUUCGUGCACGUCACGCCCGUCAUGGACUCGGCGUCAACCGGCGGCCAACGCAAGGCGCCUCCAGUCGAGGCCUGCCUCCCGGGAUUGCAGUACUCAGAAGUUCUUCGUACCAUCUGGGAGACGGCCCCGCGUGUGGCAUCCUCCUACAGUGACCCAAAACACCGCGUGUUCGUCGUGGGAGACGCUGCCCACAGUCUGCCGCCCCAGGGUGGCUUGGGUCUCAACACGGGCAUCGCCGAUGCACACAACCUGGUUUGGAAGCUGGUUGCCAUCAUCCGGGGGAAAGGCACCCCGAACCUUCUCGCCAGCUUUUCCCGUGAGCGCAAGCCCGUUGCACUCGCGAAUCUCGAGUACUCUAAGGCCAGCGAGGCUGCUUUCUACUCCGUCAGUACCACGCUGGUUGGCCUCGCCAUUCAGUAUAAAGAAGCACAAGAGCCGGAUCUCGCCAUGGAUGCAUUCCUUCAACGGCCCGCAAUUUCAGCUGCGGCAGCAAGUGCAGUCACGGAGGCGAGCAAGCACUUUGACUCCUUAGCCCUCCAGCUCGGAUUCAUCUACGACGACCCAUUACAUACGAAAGCUCUUCUUGACAACCCGACGAUGUAUGUGCCACGAGCGUGUCCUGGGGCAAGGCUGCCACACAGCAUCACCAGCAACGGGCUUUCUCUCUUAGACCUUUUGCCCUAUGAUCGAUUUACCGUACUGCACUACGCCAAUCCUUCGUUCGCAUCCUGCGACUGGGGCGUUGAUGUGGCGAGCCUUGGUCUGCCCGAGACCUGGUAUGACGCGGUCCCGGAAAUCAAGGCUGGAAGAGGCAUAGUUGUCCGACCAGACCAUCAUGUGCUGUUGCAUGUGGAUGGCUUAAAUCAGGCGAAUGAUGCAGUUACAGAGUAUCUGGAUCAAGGCAAAGUGGGCGCAAGCGAGAGUACGCUCUCAAGGAACACAAAAUCAGACUCCUUCUCGACAGCACGCUAG